ACAGUGACAUAAAUCCUGAUUUUCUCUCUCCCAUCGCCGCUAUCUUCUUCUUCCCCUUCUCUGUAUUUUCCCGUCUGCAUCUCCAAAUUUUCUUCACAAGUUUUUCAACCAUCUACAGCUCUCCAUAAUCAGGUAAGUCGUUUCUUCAUUCUUCUUCUCCAUUUUCCGUCUCUGUGCUCUCUCAUCUCUCUCUUCUUCGAAUAUCAUCAAAGAGGAAGGGCUUAAUUGCAAUUUCGGAUGAGUUUUGCGUCGUGCUACAGUGCUACUGCAAAGAUGGAGUAAUACUGUUCAAAAACUCAAAAAAGGACGAUAUUGGGAUGGGUUUUCCAGUAUGGUUGGAGCUCAAUUCCACCUCAAAAAUGGGUUUUCCAGUAUGGUUGGGGAUGCCAAGCUGAUUGAAUUUUUGCAAAAAUGGUUGUCCCUCCUCCAGUAAGGUCUGAAAGAGUGACGAAGUUUCUCAAACCGUACGUCCUAAGGAUGCACUUCACCAAUAAGUAUGCGAACGCACAAGUUGUCCACACACCGACUGCAACAGUGGCUGCUGCUGCUAGCACGCAAGAGAAAGCCCUAAGGUUGGCCAUGGAGAAGGAGAAAGAGAGCACUAGAGAUGUUGCUGCUGCUGCAAAGAUCGGCAGGAUACUCGCACAACGGCUGCAGGUCAGAAACAUACCAGCUGUUACAGUGUUGUACAACAGAGAUCAAAAAUACCAUGGCAAGGUGAAAGCAGUAAUUGAUCAAUUAGUAAAUGCAGGGGUGAAAUUGAUAUGAAUCCAAUGUUGGCAUUUUUGUUAAUCUUGCAUCUGAUGAUGGUUGCGAAUCUUAAAGACUAGAGAUAUUAGAGUUAUCAGUAUGCUAGAAACUUAGUACUUGUAUUUUUGAAUAUUUAUUGCUCUAGAAUUCAAUGUUUUAAAUAAGCAUUGCCUGUUUCA